AUGAACUCCACCUUGGAUGGUAAUCAGAGCCACCCUUUUUGCCUCUUGGCAUUUGGCUAUUUGGAAACUAUCAAUUUUUGCCUUUUGGAAGUGGUGAUUAUUGUCUUUCUAACUGUAUUGAUUAUUUCUGGCAACAUUAUUGUGAUUUUUGUAUUUCACUGUGCACCUUUGUUGAACCAUCACACUACAAGUUAUUUUAUUCAGACUAUGGCAUAUGCUGACCUCUUGGUUGGAAUAAGUUGCCUGGUCCCAUCUUUAUCACUCCUCCACUACCCCCUUCCAGUAGAGGAGUCCUUGACUUGCCAGAUAUUCGGUUUUGUAGUAUCAGUUCUGAAGAGUGUCUCCAUGGCCUCUUUGGCCUGUAUCAGCAUCGAUAGAUACAUUGCCAUCACUAAACCUUUAACCUAUAAUACGCUGGUUACGCCCUGGAGAUUACGCUUGUGUAUUUUCCUGAUUUGGGUAUACUCCACACUGGUCUUCCUGCCUUCCUUUUUCCACUGGGGCAAACCUGGAUAUCAUGGAGAUGUGUUUCAAUGGUGUGCGAAGUCUUGGCACACAGACCCCUACUUCACUCUGUUCAUCGUGAUGAUGUUAUAUGCCCCAGCAGCUCUCAUUGUCUGCUUCACCUAUUUCAACAUCUUCCGCAUCUGCCAACAGCAUACAAAGGAAAUCAGCAAAAGGCAAGCCCGCUUCAGCAGCCAAAGUGGGGAUACUGGGGAAGUGCAGGCCUGUCCUGAUAAGCGCUAUGCCAUGGUCCUGUUCCGAAUCACUAGUGUAUUUUAUAUCCUCUGGUUGCCAUAUAUCAUCUACUUCUUGUUGGAGAGCUCCACUGGCAACAGCAACCGCUUCGCAUCCUUCUUGACCACCUGGCUUGCUAUUAGUAACAGUUUCUGCAAUUGUGUCAUUUAUAGUCUCUCCAACAGUGUCUUCCAAAGGGGACUAAAGCGCCUCUCAGGGGCCAUGUGUACUUCUUGUGCCAGUCAGACCACAGCCAAGGACCCUUACACAGUUAGAAGUAAAGGCCCCCUUAACGGAUGUCAUGUCUGAAGUGGCUCAGAUAUUGGGUCACUCUGUGUUUUUUUCUUUUUUAUCUCUUUGUCUUCCUAGUUCACUAAGAAAUCUGGGACAGAAUAAUUUGACUCUAAGCAAUA